AUGUCUGCAACGCCGUCUGUGGCCGCAGACGGAGAUGCAUCCGAAAAUGCCAGCAGCGAUGACCCCGGCGUCGUCACGGUCGCCAAAGAUGGAGACAUUGUCCUCGAGGUGACUUUUGAGACGUCUCCGGCGACGCUGAAGAAGAACCGCCAGGCAGCGGCCUUGGCCGUCAACGGCAGGCUCUCCGCGACGACCACGCGGCCGCCAGCCAUGACUCCCAAGCCGGCAACCACGCUCAAGGUGGCGUACCGAGUGAGCGUGCAGUCGCUGAGCCGGCACUCGCGCUACUUUGAAAACCUCUUUUCGAACCACCAGUUCCGCGAGGCGCGGCUCAUCGCCGACGCGCACGCCAAGCUCUCCCUCACGGGUAUUAAGCCCGCCAAGGCAGAUGUCCGCGACCUACCAGUCGUCACUGUGGUGGACGAUGACCAGGCCACCGAGGCGGCCGGCCGGGAGCUCGCGUUUGAAGACAUGUUGAGCGUCAUCCACGAGCAGCCUGCGCGAAACGCCAAGCCGCUCAUGUCGUAUGCCCUGACCAUGGCCAUCAUCGCGGACCGCUUCGACUGCGUCGCGGUGGUGGCUCGCGCGCUCAACCACGAGCUCAAGUUCAAGUGGCCCAUGACGAGCAACAGGCCGUUCAUCGAUGAUGCGGGCCAUCACACGCAGGUCGAGCAGGUUCUGCGGCAGAAAGUGCUGGUUUCGUGGCUGCUUGGGCAGGCUAUGCGGCUCCAGCAGUCGACGCGGGAGCUCAUCAUGAGGGGAUCGAGGCUCUGGAGCGCCUUUCAUGAAGCGGACUCGCGCAUGAGCGCCGCGUGGUGGAACUUGCCAGAGGGCCUAGAGGAUGAGCUGCAGUACCGACGCGAGUGUAUCCUCAACACUAUCUCAUCGGUGCAGCGCCACUUCCUCGACCUGUACUCAUCACGAGACAGACAGUGCAAACUUGGCUACGACACCAGCGCCGCGUGCGACAUCUUCCAGCUGGGGCAGCUCCACCGCUUCCUCAAGUCCAAGGAGCUCCUCUUCCUCGUCGAUUACUCCCAGUCGUCGCUCGACGCGGUGCCCGACACGGCGCAUCUCGACCUCGAGGAGCUCAUCGCGACGCUCAAGCAGUGCCCCAACUAUCAGGUGGACAAGCACCACGUCAACUGCGGGCCGCAGCUGCGUAUGAAGGCCAUCUUCGACUACAUGCGCACCAUGCUCUCCGCCAACGUGGUUUCCAUCUCCCACGCGGAUUGGAAGAAGCGGCGCGCCCAGGUUUCCUGGAAAGCUCGCAAGGAGAAGGCCCAUUUGGAAGAUGAUGCCGGCGGCAAGACGUUUGCGUUCACGCGGGCUAUCGCCAACGACGAACGGCUGCGCUACGAUGGGGUGAUGCACGCGGACCGCAUGGCGUUGAGCCUCUUCACUGCGGAUGCAUGGAAUUGGACCCCAGAGGCAUGA